AUGAAGGUUAAAUUAGCAACACAGCUUCUUUCUUUAUCAGUUGCAAAUUCAUUAAUAUUUUGUAAAGAUGUACUUAAACUUAAAGAUUUUGAAAACUGUACUGCUACUGUCAAUUUUAUAAAACUCUUUAACGAUGCUUUUGAUAUUUUGAAUUCGAGAACAUUGAUUCCAUAUGGCUUCAAAGGAAAAAAUAAUGAUAAUUAUGAAAAUAUACUUGAUUUUAGUAAAAAGUUCAUUUAUUAUGUUCAUAACUUAAAAUUAAGCACCGGUCAGCCAAUUUUAAAAUCACAAAGAUCAACUGGCUUUUUAGGUUUCAUAGUAUGUUUUCAUUCCCUUAUUAACUUAAAAAAAAAAUUCAUUGAUACAAAUAAUUUAAAAUUUAUACCGUCAUAUAAACUAAGUCAAGACCACCUUGAAAUAUUUUUCGGUAGUGUUAGGUCUCAGGGGGGUCACAACAACAAUCCAACAUCCAUGCAAUUUAGAUCUGCUUACAAAAAAUUAUUAGUUCAAGCACAAAUAAAAGACAGCGGUCUUGGAAAUUGUAUUUCUCUUUUAGAUAUCCCAAUUCUAAACUGUUCUAGUGUAUCUAAAAAUCCAAUCCAAGCCAUAAAUGAUACAAAUGCUUCCCUUUAUAAUGAUAUUGAAUUAGAUCCAGAGACUUUUACAGUUGAAACACAUGGAACUCAUCUCCAUUUAAGUUCAUUCUCCAAAGAAGUUUCUUUAUACAUAGCUGGUUUUGUUUCUCAUAAGUUAGCUUCACAAAUAAAAGGUGAUGUAUGUACACAAGCUCUUUUUGGGGACCAAAGAAAACUUUUUAUUAUCUUUAAUUUCUUUAAAAGAUAA